CGCAGCUGGCUCCUGGCCUGGGCACAGCACUGUGGCGUCCCGCCUACCACAGGGGGGCGGAGGGAAGGGCCCAGGCCAGAGGCCCUCUGCGCACCCCAUCCACACAGGAAGGAGGGACCUGGCCGCCUUGUCUCGGAGAAAGGCCACAGCUCCACUUCAUCCUCACCCGGCCGGACUCUGGCCAAUGUGUCCUCAUGGCAGACACGACGCUGCCCUCGAGGCGCUCCAUCCUGGCCGAGGCCCGGCACGGUGCCCAGAAGAGGAAGGAGCAACGGGGCUUCUUGGAAGCAGAGCCCGGUGGCAAGAGUGCCCCUGGAGUCACACACGGGUGAUUUGCUCACACCUGCGUCCUCCUUAUGUGGCCGACCACCGGAGGUGUCCUGCCGAGCGAGGUGUGUGGCCCGGACACCCCAAGGGCUUCCUGGGCCGUCACACUGGGCUCAGGCUUCAUGGCCAGUGUGGCUGAACUCACACAGGGAGGCCCUCCGGGGCUCUACGUCAGCAUCACUGCCCACCGCCCACCACGAGGCGCCUGUCCAGGUGAGGGGGGAGGAGAGGGGGGCAGAGGUCUGGCAGCCCCUGACCCCUCAGGGCCCAGAAGCCGGGGCCGGCAGCCUGAGCCCAGCCAGGGGGCCUUCUAAACACUCGAGUGGGAGCAGCUGGCCUGGGGGAGGGCUUAAAACCCGGGAGGGCGAGGUCGGCGGGCGCGGAGGUGAGGGCAGGAGGCCUGCGUUGCAUUCCGCCGACAUGUGGCCUUUCCCCAGCUGCGCUCUCUUCCCACCCCCCAGUGAGGCUUGGCUGCAGAAGGCUUCCUCAGACCCUGAGGCCCAGGGCUGGGGGGCCUGGAGCACCACCGAGAAGAGCCCUCUAGGGCCAGGGGGCGGGGAGGGGGAGGAGGAGGAUGCGGGCUCCCUGCUUCUCUUGGAGAGGGAGGGCCUGGCCGCGGGCCCCGUUCCUGACCAGGAGCUGCAGGCCACCAGGCCGAAGCUGUGGGCCAUGGAUCAGGCCCAGGGCCGGGCGGGGGCAGAGGAGGGCACCAGGGCCAAGGCCGCGCUGACCAGGCAGCUGCUCAGCCCCGAGACAGGCUGCCUCUGCCCUGGGACCCCCACGGAGAAGGUGGAGGCCGACCACAGAUCCAUCUACGUGGGCAAUGUGGACUACGGGGGCACGGCCGAGGAGCUGGAGGCCUACUUCAGCCACUGUGGUGAGGUCCACCGGGUCACCAUCCUGUGCGACAAGUUCUCCGGACGCCCCAAGGGCUAUGCCUACGUAGAGUUUGCCGCGCAGAGCUCCGCCCAGGCCGCUGUGAGGCUGGACAGCAGCAUUUUCCGAGGCCGGGUCAUCAAGGUGCUGCCCAAACGGACCAACUUACCAGGGAUCAGCUCCACAGACCGUGGGGGCCUCCGGGGACACCCAGGCACCAGGGCAGGACCCUUUCCUGGCCGCAGCCUCCACGGGCACAUGGAGGUCUCUCGGUGGCGCUCACCAUACUGGAGGGCGGGCCGACUUUGGGGCUGGGUCAGGAGCGAACCCCUGUGCUCCACACGGGCCGUUUAUGUGGCACGGAGUAGCUGCCGGAGCCUCACGGCGGCCCAGACGCCAUGGCGGGAGUCUCGAAGCACAAGCGAGCGGGCCGGGCAUGGCGGUGCCCCUGGGGGCUCCAAAGAGCUCUAGGCCACACCCGGCUCUUCAGGGUCAGCUCCGGGUUGGCCCUCUCAGGGCUGUCCAACCAAAAACUUUUAAAGAAAAAUAGACAUGUCUUAAUGGUAACAUAAAUUAUUAAA